AUGAUAAAUUUCGUUCAAUGUGCCAGAUACCUCAGUUCUUUUAAUCUCAUUAAGUUAACAACUCAAGUAAUAGAAAAUACUUUCACCACUACGGUAACAGACUCGAAAGUGGACUAUGAUUUUGAUCAACUUUUUAAAUGGAGGUCUCUUGACAACGGUUUCGAAGAGGCUAAGAGAACCAAGAAACCAGUAUUUCUAUUGAUUUACAAAACAGGAUGUCCCGCGUGUGAGAAAAUGAAAGAGAAAUUUUCAAAAUCUGUGCGACUGAUGGAUCUCAGCGAUCGAUUCGUGAUGAUAAAGGCGGAAAAGGGAAAGAAUAAAGCAUUAAAUGAGAAGAAGUUUGAGCCCGAUGGUACAUACGUACCCAGAAUAUUGUUUUUCACCUCGGACGGCAGAUUCAUCGUGGAAUCCUACAACAGACACGCAGAUGCCGAAAAAGAGCACAAAUAUUUUUACGUUCAGCCCUCGCAAAUCGUGGAAUCUAUGUUGUUCGUUUUGAAGGAAUACGGUAACGAACCAAUGCCGGUAAUGUUCGAACCGGAACGAUCGCAUUUAGACUAUUGA